UCUGGGGGUUGGUUGGUGAUGGUGUUGCGCUGUAUAUCAUCUCGGUGAAACGGUGUACCGUUGAAUCAUAGUAUCAACCGCGACCGUACCGUGCAGUACCACGCGUCGAGCAGUGCUGCCGUAUCACCCACGGGGUACCAGUGAAAGUGCGCGUCGAACAAAACAGCAGCCCCCUUUUUCAUCAAUCAAGCAACAACGACAACAACACAGGAAAACCACCCCAACCGUAGGGCCAGCGGCGGUUGUGAAUAGCACAGACAACGCGGGGAGGAAAAUUUCGCUCGUCGCUCGAGCAAAAACCGACCAAAAACACCAACACGGAUACGGGUGAAAACGCAAAUCGGUUGGUUGUCAGACGUUGGUGGUGUGAAAAAUUUAGCUAGCAAAAAGCAAACCCGAUUCACACGGGGAUUCAUUUGCUUCGAAGAGACAACGAUAAAGGAUACGUGAUUUGUUUGCUAUUCUUCUGCUUUGGUGGCGAGACCGCGAAGAUAACAGUGAGGCAGAAGAAAAGUCAACAUACCAAUAGUUUAGGUUAGCAGAAUCAAUUGCGAUAUAGAAGAAUCAACACGCAUAUCGGUCUUUCUGCAAAAACAAAAAAACGCGGUCGGGUGAGAAAGAAAACCCAAGAAGAGUGUGCGUUGCCUUAGCGACCCUUGAUAUUGCCAUAGCAGCCGCGUAGCAGCCGUGCUUCGGUGGUGGACGAGGGAAAACGGUCCAUCCGAUCCGUCCGAACGCAUUUCCACCGUGCUGGACGGGAACGGACGAGCGCGCGCGUGUAUCCUUCUUUGCGCGGUACAUUUUACGUGCUGAUUGUUUUUUUUUUGUUUUUCGUUGUUUUGUUCUCUCCCCCAUAUAAAUGUGCUUUUCCCUUUUCCAGUCCGUAAGCAAGGGUUGAAUAGGAAGCAUCAUCUGUGCGAUACGUUUAUAAGUGUUUGUGUGUGUGUGUGUUCGCGUGUAUUUGUUUCCGCUUUUCCUCCAGCAACGGGGGUUUAGUUUCACUUUCCCACCUCCCACCGCCGUGCGUCCGGUCGUGCGUGAAAAUUGUGUGCACGGCAUCAUGGCGGCCACGGCCGAGAAGGAGCCACCGGUGGCGACGGUACCGAUGGCGGCAACGGUGGCGGAAGCGAACCCUGCAGCACCAGGACUGACCCGUGCACGUCCAGCAAACAACCGAACGCAAAACAAUCAACCGGACGAAAUACACUACGUCAACCCGUUCGUGCACAAGCUCGUAUGGGACGAUCCCAUCGACAAGGCGAAGACUGCACUGCUGACGGUUAUACUGCUGCCAUUCCGUGUCGUGCUAAUUCUGAUAUGUCUGGUGGUGGCGUGGGCCCUCGCCAAUAUCGGCCUGUACGGACUGUCCAAAGAAGAUCUGCGCACCAAACCUUUGGCGGGCUGGCGGCGGCGCCUAAAAGGGCCGCUCGGUGAGUUCGCCACGCUGGCGUAUACGUGCGCCGGGCUGGGUAUUACGAUCCGUGGACGACAGGCGAGCCGUGCCGAAGCGCCGGUACUGGUAGUGUCCCCGCACAGUUCCUUCCUCGACGCGGUCAUCAUCUACUUGACCGGGUUGUCCAGCCCGCUGGUACGAAACGCUGACCGCAACCUCGGGAAACUGAUUGACUAUGCCCAACCGAUCUACGUGUGCCGGGAGGAUCCACAUUCGCGCCAGACGACGAUCCGGGAAAUUAUACAGCGCGCCAACUCGAAGGAGGACUGGCCCCAGAUACUUAUCUUUCCGGAGGGUACCUGUACGAAUCGGACAUCGCUAAUCAAGUUUAAACCGGGCGCAUUCUAUCCGGCCGUACCGAUCCAGCCGGUGCUGAUGCGCUACCCGAACAAGGUCGACACUGUCACCUGGACCUGGGAGGGUCCGAAUGCUAUCCAGCUGCUGUGGCGUACACUGACACAAUUCCACACGUUCUGCGAAAUCGAGUUCCUUCCGGUGUACUAUCCUAACGAGGCGGAGAAAGCGAAUCCGAAGCUGUACGCCGACAACGUGCGCAUGCUGAUGGCUAAAGCGCUUGACAUCCCGAUAUCCGACUACACCUUUGACGACUGCAAGCUGAUGACGUUUGUCAAGAACGUUGGCAUGCCCCAUCCGGCAGCGAUUGCGGACAUUGAGAAGCUGCGCGAAACACUUCGAAUUGAUGUCUCCGAUCGGGAGCGUAACAUUGUGGCGAGUCAGCGCGAGUUUACCGAUGCGAACAGUUUACUCACGUACGCACAGUUCACCGAGCAGAUGCACAUUGAUGCAUCCCAGGAGGCAGCACAAAAUCUGUUUCAUAAAUUGUACAGGCCUGAAACACCGGACGUCAUCGAUUUCAGAGAGUAUCUUUUACUUGCCUUAUUUCUGGUUACGCUGUACAAGCCGAAAUUAGUUUUUGUUGAGGCACUUUUCCACCUGUACGGUGUGGAUGGACGUGUGGAUCGUAACCAGCUGCACGAUGCGCUCAAGUAUCUCGUGCGCAUCUCGCGCAAAGACGUAGCCAGUAUCUUCCUGCAGGCGGAUCUCGACAAUCUUGGAACUAUUGACUACUAUCAAUUUCUAAAGGCAAUCGAGCAUAAUCCGCUGCUGGCAAAGCUGCAGAAAAAUAACGAUCCCAACAACUUAAGACUGGGCUAAAACAAUCUUCAUACUCUCACUUGUUCUACGGGUGUUUCCUUACGGAACGUCGCGGUUUUCGUGCCGCGAUGUAUUCGCAUAUUUCCUACUUAUGUCGAAACAAAUUGAGACGAUUCGAAUCUUAAAUCUUAGGUCUAGAGAAAGCAAGCCAGCCGUUGGAAUAAAUGGCAUUCGGUUCAGAUACGUUUGAUCGUCUAAGUUUGUGCAUUUCGUAACGGGACGUGCACCAAUUUUUUUUUUUAGGAUAAAUUGUUUGUAAGUUUCGCUGGUUUUCGAUAAGCCGCUGGGUAUGGGGAAACCAUAUACGAAAGGUUCCCUCCGGGCAGAUUGUAAUUAUUGCGUGUUCAACUUUGUUACUUUAACGCCACUACUACCGGGCAGGAAAUGAUCAGCAGAGCCUAGUAUCUUAUAUUUGAACACACAUUGACGUAAUAGAGUUAUCAGCUGUGUUGGGGACGCAUCCGAUAUUAAUGUUUCGUGUUGUACAAUUUCAUCGUCCUGUCAGGGUGCGAAACGUAAGGGCGUAUUCACGCUGAGCUAGGUUUAGAACGAGACGCUAUUUUGAAUGCCAAAAGGAUUGACCGCAAUCGGUGGCCGAAACACAUGUGCGUUGUGUUUGAAGUUUGCAUUUUUCGUCAAAUGCCCACUUUGUAUAGAGUUUGGUUACGUUACAAACGUGAGUUUAGCCAUUCUAGCAGGGUGAGAGCUUCAACUGUUAAAAACAACUACAAAAAUUGCGACAAAAUCCUAACACAACCAGCACAACAACAAAAAAUCGUCAAUCGUCGUCAAAGCGUACAUCUAAUCAAAGAACCAUACUUAACAAAACAAAAACAAAAAAAAACAAAGGCAUGAUAAUUCUAGCACAAUAUUACUUAUAGAUGGAUAAUGUAUGCGUGUGUGUGUGAGAAUGUGUGUGGGUGUAUGUUCGUGUCGGCCAUGUAGUUCUCGCUCCUCAACAAAACAAAUACAAAACAAAAGCAGCUGCAACAGAAAAAAAACUAGUAAAACAUUGACCGUAUAGUAAAAGUGAUAAGAUAAAACAAAAAGAAAUGAAGUAAAAACCAGAAGAAGAAAAAAAUGUCCGCUAGCAAAUCAAAUUUGCAAAAGCAGCCUAAAUGUUACAGCAACAAAACAAAAGCAGAAAAUGAAAAACAAAAAAAAAACAUACAAAACAACUGCACGCACAUCUACAGCAUAAAUAUGAAGAGAGGCGGGAGCGUGUGGCGAGCGCACACAGUUUGCGAUAGCGUAAGCAAAGAGAUAUUUUGAGUAUUUAUUUAUUUAGUAAGUGUCUAGUUGUGUUUUUCGCUGUGCAAAGCAGAAAGGGUAGCGGAAGCAUACCCGCUAGAAAAGCUACUUAACUUCAGUAUAAACGGGAUUACACACUUACAACACACAAAAGGCAAAACUACUACACUAAGCGAGACGCUGUGGAAGAUGAACGAUCGGUCGCGAAAGGGAAGCGAAUAAUGGUUAGCUUUGUUUUUUUUCUCAAUCUGCUCGCUAUUCAAUCUCCUCUUUCGCGAUCUGUUCAGACGGUUCAUGUGUUAUACUCAGUGUGUCCUCAAAGGAAAUGAAACUAGAAAAAAAGCAUGAAAAAGGGAGACAGAGAGAAACUAUUUAGAAGAAAUAAAACAAUGAAAAGUCAAGUCAAGUGAAACGAAAACAAAAAUACAUACACAUACAAGUUGUUGCGGUA